AUGGCCGAGCCGGGGCCGGAGCCGGGGCGCGCCUGGAGAGUGUUCGCCCUGUGCGGGGCCGCGGUGUUUCUCGCAGCGGUGGCGGCUGGAGCAGCCCUGCUGGCCUGGAAUCUGGCCGCCUCGGCCUCCCGGAGGCCUCGCUGCCCAGAGCCAGGGGCCAACACCACGGCGCCGCCUGGAGACCUGGAGCCCGAGGUCGAGGAACUUCGGCGCCGGCUGGCAGAGGCUGCCCAGCGCAAGGAGGCCCUGACCAGGAAGCUGAACCAGGCCGAGGGUGUCCGACAGGAGCUGGAGGAGGCCCUAAGGGCCUGUGAGGGCCGCCAGAGUCGGCUUCAGACCCAGCUGAUGACACUGAAGACUGAGAUGGACGAGGCCAAGGCUCAGGGGACCCAGAUGGGGGCUGAGAACGGGGCGCUGACAGAAGCCCUGGCGCGCUGGGAGGCGGUGGCCACGGAGUCUGCGCAGCGGCUGGACGCGGUGCAGCGGCGCGCGAGCGCGGCGGAGGCAGAGGGUGAAGCCUGCGCAGCCCGGGAGGCGGCGCUGCGCGAGCAAGUUUACGCCCUGGAAGCCCAGACGGGCCCCCAGCGCAGAGUGCCACUCCCCCGGACCCGCUCCGGGUCCCGACCUCGGCCCAACCCUCGCUCGCGCUCUCGCCCGGGAACCUCCGGGGGUUGCAGGCGACCAGCGCGGCGCGCAAGAGGGUGAGUCAGACCCCAGCUGGAUCAGGGCUCGAGGCCAGGAGGACAGACACUGGGGGCUCUGCUGGGACACUUACAAAGAUACCCACGCUGGAUGAGAUGCUCAGUCGACACCCAUCAACGCUCAGCUUUCGACCGACAGCCGCCCUGAACGGAAACUGUGCAGAAAGAAGACCCGACCCUCUCCUUGACCAUCUAGUGCUUAUUUUGCAGAUGGGGAAAUUAAGGUCCACUUGGUCACAAGGUGAGAUAGUGCAGAGCUGGGACUUAAGUCCCCUCUAAGGACAAGGACA